AUGGGCAAGUAUCCGGUCAUUGGCCUUCUCGGCGGCGGUCAGCUCGGCCGCAUGCUCCAGGAAGCGGCCUCACCCCUCAACGUGGAGCUCGCCAUCCUCGACGCCGCUGGCUCCCCCGCGAAGCAGAUUUGCGAAAACGACAAGCACGUAUCGGGCUCCUUCAACGACCCAGCCAAGAUUCGCGAGCUCGCCGCGCGCGUGGAUGUGCUCACCGUCGAGAUUGAGCACGUCAACGCCGACGUGCUCGAGGAGAUCGCCACCAAAGGUGUCUCGGUCGGCGCGGGCCGGCCGCUGAAAAAAGUGCCCUGUCACCCGUCCUGGGAGACGAUCCGCCUGAUCCAGGACAAGUUCCUGCAAAAAGAGCACUUUUUGCGCGCGGGUAUCCCCGUGGCGCCGCAGCUGGCUAUUGAAGGCGAGGCGCUGACAGCCGCGGCCCUGCAGGCUGUCGGUGACAAGUAUGGCUUCCCGUUCAUGCUCAAAGCCCGAAAGGGAUCGUACGACGGCCGCGGCAACUUUCAGGUGCGAGGGCCCGCCGACUUUGACGAGGCCAUCCGCUCCAUGGGCAAGCUGUCGCUGUACGCGGAGAAGUUUCAGCCGUUUGUAAAGGAGCUGUCCGUCAUGGUGGUGCGGACGGAAGACGACGACGGCAAGCUGCGCGAUGUGCAUCCGUACCCUGCUGUCGAGACGGUGCAUGAGGACAGCAUUUGCACAAAGGUGUUCUUGCCGCCACGGGGGGUGCAGGCUGAGGCAUGUGCGGAGGCGCGCAAGGUGGCGAGCAACGUGAUUCGCACACUCAAGGGACGUGGUAUCUACGCGGUAGAACUGUUUAUCCUCAAGGAUGGCGGUAUCGUGGUCAAUGAGGUCGCCCCCAGACCACACAACUCAGGCCACCUCUUCACCGAGGCCGUCCCCUACAUGUCGCAGUUCAAGGCACAACUCUGCGCUAUCCUUGAUAUCUUCCCCAGCAAGGUGACACUGGAGCCACGUGUCCAGUCUGCCAUUAUGCUGAACAUUCUGGGCGGCGCCGCCGAGGAAUCCCACGAUGUGCUGCUAGACGAGGCCAGCCGCAGCUACGACAAGGACAUGGACGUCUACAUUCACCUGUAUGGCAAGGCGUCUAAGCCCGGUCGCAAGAUCGGCCACAUUACUGUGACGUCACCGUCCGCCCAAAUCAGCAGCCUCGAGCAACUGGCGGGCUCCCUUACCAAGGAGGUAGACAGUAUCCGCGAGGGCCGCAUCGCCAGCGCCGCUGCGAUGCUGCGCCCAUCUGGCUCUGGUGCUGCCGCAGCCGCCCCGGCCAAGCCCGUAUCCUCGCGCAGCCGCAGCAACCCGCUGGUGGUCGUGACCAUGGGUUCAGACUCGGACCUCCCCGUGCUCAAGGGCGCAUUCGAGGUGCUGGAGAAGUUUGGGGUGCCGUACGACUACACCAUCACGUCGGCGCACCGGACGCCGCAGCGCAUGGUUGAGCUCGGCCAGUCGGCGGCGGCGCGGGGCGUGCGCGUGCUGAUUGCUGCGGCGGGCGGCGCGGCGCACCUGCCCGGCAUGCUGGCGUCGGAGACGGUGCUGCCCGUGAUUGGCGUGCCAGUCAAGGCGACGCACCUCGACGGGCAGGACUCGCUACUCAGCAUCGUGCAGAUGCCGCGCGGCUGCCCGGUGGCGACGGUCGGCAUCAACAACUCGACCAACGCGGGCCUGCUGGCGGUCAAGAUUCUCGGCUGCGCCGACGCGGGCUACGCGGCGGCCAUGGCGGGCUACAUGAAGACGAUGAGAGACGAGGUGGAGGCCAAGGCGGGCAAGCUGGAGGAGCUGGGGUGGGAAGCGUACCUGGAGAAGAAAUGA